AUGUCUGGUGGAGUUGGUCCAACAUGCAACGACAUAAGCCUGCCAAAAGAGCACGAACAAGAUCAUAAGCUACAAAAUGACGAUAAGAGCAUCAAAACUCCUACAACCCAGCAACAUAAAGCUGGUUUUCUCAGUUUUCGACAACUCAACGCCCUUGCCGUUAUGAUUGUCUUAUCUGCAAGUGGAAUGGUAAGCCCUGAAGACAUUGCUUUUGUCUUACUUUCAAUCAUCUAUGUGUAUUUCCUGUCCAGAGUUGCAUUCCCUUCUCUUCAACCUGAAAGAGAGAGCUCUGUUUUUGAUUUCAGAAACAGAGUUCUACGUCUAUAUGUCCUUGUUAGUUUCAUAGUUGGGCUCCUUCUACCAAUUGGGUAUAUAUUUGAAGGGAUCUUUGAGGGUGAUAAAGAGGGUAUCAAGGCAGCUGCCCCACAUGUGUUUCUCUUGGCCAGUCAAGUAUUCAUGGAAGGGCUUGUUUUCCGAGGCAAGUUUUCGUUACCCAUAAGAGCCUGUGUGCCUGUGUGUUAUAAUUCAGUGAGGAUGUACGCCAUUCUGGAGUGGUUGAGGAAUGAAUUUUCAAAGGUGGAGGAAGAGUAUGGAGGAUCUGCAAGAAGGCUGUAUGUUGGGAGGGCUCUUGCUAUUGCUAAUCUGGCUUUUUGGUCCUUUAACCUCUUUGGGUUCUUGUUGCCUGUUUAUCUUCCCAAGGCUUUCAAGAGGUAUUACUCAGACCCAAAGAUGAGAGAUUGA